AAAAAAAAAAAAAAACAACACGCAAAAUCCAAUAAAUAAUUAAUAUAUAACUAGUAAAAUACGAAAAAAAAAUAGUACUGAAUUUUCCCCAAUCGUCCGAUUCCCAAAUUCCUUUUUCCAUCCAAACAACACUUCAAGAAUUUUUCUUCCGGCGAUUGAUCGGAGAUGGUUUCACCGGAGAACACCACCAAUUGGCUUUAUGAUUAUGGAUUCGAAGACAGUUCAGUUCCUGAUUCGAAUUUCUCAGCUUCUGCAUCUGGGUUCAAUUGGCCUCUUCAAAACUUGAAUGGUUCAACAAAUGUUCGUUCUGAAAUUGAUGGGUCGAUUGGUGAAUCAGAUUACCCGAAGGAAAGUGGUUCUAAGAAACGGGCUAGAGUUGAAUCAUGUGCUCCAACAAGUUCCAAAGCUUGCAGAGAGAAACUACGGAGAGAUAGGCUAAAUGACAAGUUCAUGGAAUUGGGUGCACUCCUUGAGGCCGGCAGACCCCCGAAAACUGACAAAUCUGCUAUUCUGGUGGAUGCUGUUCGCAUGGUGACACAGUUACGCGAUGAAGCUCAAAAGUUGAAAGACUCAAAUUUGAAUCUGCAAGAAAAGAUCAAGGAGUUAAAGGUUGAGAAAACCGAGCUUCGAGAUGAGAAGCAGAGGCUGAAGGCUGAAAAGGAGAAGUUAGAGCAACAACUUAAGACUACUCCUGCACAACCUAGCUUCUUGCCUCCUGGCAUACCGGCUGCAUUUGCUGCUCAUGGUCAACUUCCUGGAAGCAAGCUGGUGCCGAUCAUGAGUUACCCUGGUGUUGCAAUGUGGCAAUUCAUGCCUCCUGCUGCUGUUGAUACCUCACAGGACCACGUGCUCCGUCCUCCAGUUGCUUAACUUGUGGAAGCCAAACCCUAAAAUGGUUAAAUUUACUGCCCGGUUAUAUUAAUCGUCUAGUCAAUGUCCUCCGGUUGUACAAGUUUUGGCUCAACUCCCCUUACUGUACUUGGUGGAUGAUACUUUGUGACUUUUGAACUUUAAUGGAUUAAGGUGGCUUUAUGUGUAAAAUUUAAUAAGCUUAACCAGGAACUCACCUUUACAUUUUCUGUUA